AUGCUAAAACAUCUUCCACCUUUUUUAGAGCAAAGCAGGGGAAACGGGCCGUGGGCUCACGCGUACCGUCGCGCCGAAAACCUGGUGCGACAAAUGACCUUGGAAGAAAAGGCCAACAUCACGCGUGGAUAUACUGGCGACAAUGUCUGUGCCGGCAACACUGGCUCCGUUCCUCGUUUAGGAUGGCCCGGUAUGUGUGUCCACGAUGCUGGCAACGGAGUUCGCGCAACCGACUUGGUCAACUCUUAUCCAUCCGGCAUUCACGUCGGGGCGAGCUGGGAUCGGAACUUGACGUAUGAGAGGGGGUUCUAUAUGGGCCAGGAGUUUAAAGCGAAAGGAGUCAACGUUCCACUUGGUCCCAAUGCCGGCCCAUUAGGACGAACACCUCUGGGUGGUCGAAAUUGGGAGGGAUUCUCCAUCGAUCCGUAUCUCUCUGGCCAAUUGAACGCGGAGACAAUCACCGGAAUGCAAGACGCAGGCGUUAUUGCGAACAUUAAGCAUUUCAUCGCCAACGAACAAGAGACGCUUCGCCGUCCGUAUUUCGGUGUCGAGGCCGUGUCUGCAAAUAUUGACGACAAGACACUACACGAAUACUAUCUGUGGCCCUUUAUGGAUAGUGUGCAUGCUGGCGUGGGAUCUGUCAUGUGCUCCUAUAACAGGAUCAACAACACGUACGGGUGCGAGAACGACAAGCUCAUGAACGGCAUCCUCAAGACGGAGUUGGGGUUUCGAGGUUUCGUCAUGCUUGACUGGAAUGCCCAGCACGAUGUGCAAAGCGCUAAUGCUGGGCUCGACAUGGUGAUGCCUCUUGGUGGUUCUUGGGGCAAGAAUCUGACAGAUGCGGUUGCAAACGGGACGGUCAGCGAGUCUCGGAUAACGGACAUGGCCACGAGAAUUGUUGCUGCAUGGUAUUUGGUUGGUCAAGAUGGCGACAACUUUCCAGUACCUGGCAUCGGCCUGAAAGAGCUCACGAAGCCUCAUGAGCAAGUCGAUGCACGAGAUCCCGCAUCGAAGCCUACUCUUCUCGAGGGCGCAAUUGCAGGCCACGUCCUGGUAAAGAACGAGAACAAUGCGCUACCAUUCAAGAAAAAGCUCGCCAUGGUCUCCGUCUUUGGCUACGAUGCCACGAUCCCACGCACGAAGAAUACUGAUAUUCUGUUUCAGCUCGGAUACACCUCAUCUCCCGAGAUGGGUCAGGCCGUACUGGGCAAUGAAGCACAUUUCGACCAGGCGGCGAAGGGAGGGACAAUAGUAACUGGCGGCCGGGCUGGCGCAAAUGCCCCAUCAUAUAUAGAUGAUCCGCUUGCUGCUCUUCAGCGUCGAGCCCGCAAAGACGGCACGUGGGUGAAUUGGGAUCUGGAUUCCUUCAGUCCCGAAGUCAAUGCUGCUUCUGAUGCCUGCUUGGUCUUCAUCAACGCCAUCGCAACGGAGGGCUGGGACCGCGAGGGUCUUCACGACGAUUUCAGCGAUGGCUUAGUCUUGAAUGUGGCCGCUAAUUGCUCCAACACCAUUGUCGUCGUUCAUGCCGCGGGCACACGCCUCGUCGAUCAAUGGAUUGAGCAUCCCAAUGUUACUGCCGCCAUCAUCGCUCAUCUGCCAGGUCAAGACAGCGGUAGAGCCCUCGUGAAGCUGCUGUAUGGCGAGGCCAACUUCUCAGGAAAACUCCCGUACACAAUUGCGAAGAACGAGAGCGAUUACUCAGUUUACGCACCAUGCCAGCGCAGCUCUCCAGAUGAUAUCGAUCCUCAAUGCGAUUUCGCGGAAGGCGUCUAUCUCGAUUAUCGCGCUUUCGAUGCGAACAACAUCACUCCCCGCUUCGAGUUCGGAUACGGACUCAGCUACACGUCGUUCGACUAUUCGGCUCUCUCCAUCAGGAAGGCCAAAAGUCUUCGCCGUUCGAGAUGUAGCGACGACUUGUGGCAGGCCGCUGCACAAGUCACCGCAACCAUCACCAAUAGCGGCGAUAUGUCCGGAAGCGAGGUUGCACAACUGUACUUGGCCAUUCCAAACAGUCCACCGAAGCAAUUGCGUGGAUUCAGCAAACUCUCCCUGCAUCCACAUGAGGCUGGAACGGUUCACUUCGGGCUUACGAAGCGAGAUUUCAGUGUUUGGGAUGUGGUUUCUCAGUCGUGGGUUAUUCAGGAGGGAGAGUACAAGAUAUUUGUUGGAGCGAGCAGUCGAGAUAUUCGACUCGCUGGAACACUGCAUAUUUCGAAAGCAUAG